AUGGCGCCCUUAAACGAUGUAAGAAACUCAAUUCUCACGGCCGGCAACGGCAACACUCCAACGCACACACAAAAGGACAUCCAACCCUGUGAAACAGGUUGCCAUGGGAUCGAGAAUGGGAACCCGAAUGGGAACAGGACGAUGACAUGUCCUGAAGUAGGCGCUUCGUUUCGUUUUUAUUGAUUCAGCUCGUUGAUCAAAAUAAACGAUUAGUGUAGCACACAAGAAUCCUUGCUUAUCCUCCAGAAUUUUUGCGCUGAGAAAUUCCUCAAUUUUUAUUGUUUUGUUCCCAUUUUUGUGU